GAAUAACUUCCAUUUAACCUUUAGCCAAACGACAUCACGACAAUCUGCCUUUUGAGCAUCACCAUUGAACGAUAUAGGCAAUUGCACCUUUCGAUCAUAACUCGAACAAAACGGCAUCAUAGACGGACGCAGGUCGACGUUUAAAGAGGCCGAUACACAAUCAUGAGGAGCAUAACAACCCUUUUGGUGCUGUUUCUAACAGCUCUGCUUUCAAUCCUACCCUCUUCCGUUCAAGGUGCAGCUCUAACAACAUCAGUCGAUCCUCAUACAAGAGCAUGCUUCUAUGCAUGGGUGGACAAAGCAGGUGAAAAAGUUGGUUUCUAUUUUGCCGUUCAAUCUGGAGGUUCGUUCGAUAUCGAAUAUUCGGUCUUGGAUCCUCAUGAGAAAAUCGUCGUUACCGGCGUAAAGGAAAGACAAGCAGAUCUUGUCUUCACAGGAAACUCAGUUGGAGAGUAUAGCUUUUGCUUUGAAAAUUCGAUGAGCUCAUUCGCUGUCAAGAUUAUUGAUUUCGAUAUCACUGUCGAAUCCGAACCACGUCUCACACUUCCAGUCUCGGCAGCCGCUUUGCUUUCCGAACAUUCUGCUCCAUUGGAAGAAUCAAUUUCAAAAGUUGAUUCACAACUUACACAAAUCACACGUAUGCAAAGAUAUUUCCGUACAUGGGAAAAUAGAGGAUUUGCAACCGUUCGACAAACACUUUCAAAAAUUACUUGGUAUUCGAUUAUUGAUAUGUUGGUCAUGAUCGGUGUUGCAGUUGCGCAAGUGUACAUUGUACGGUAUUUGUUCGAUAAAGGAAGUACGAAGCGUUAUCGGGUUUAAACUCUUAAGCUUCUCAAAUUUCUUUAUACUCAAAAUCAUUGUUCGUCUCUCUAAUAGAAGCUGAACUCAUGUAUACUAUAUCACCAUGUCAUUUAUGACCCCGAAUGAAGUAACCAUCAAAGAUUUGUCGAAAGAAUGAAC